UCGGAACGCGUGGAAUCCGGACCAAUUUCACCGCCAAUGACUCGGUCCUCAUCAAAGAUCCAAAGCGCCAAAAGGUCCAAUUCUGUAAAUUCAGCAAAAACCAAGGGCCGUUAAACACCAUUAUGCUUCCCUUAAAAACUCAAAAACAAAAGAAGACGUUUUCAAACAAAAACAAAGCCUUAGGAAAGGAGAAAAAAAUAAAAAAGCUUUCCUAGUUAUGAUCACAUAGGUAGAACGCAUCCUUCAAAUUCCCGCAACUUUUCAACCAAUCCCGACCCAAAGUUUCAGAUCAUAACUCUGACACAAAUUCUACACAACCCAGAAUUCUUUUGGUUUGGGGGUGUUGAAAAAGUCACUGUAUUUGGCACUGUUUAUUUCUUGUUUUUCAAGUCGAUUUGCCUUUAUAUUUCUUAGGGUACUUUUAACUUUUUUAUUUUCUUCUUCUUCUGGGGGAGUUGUAGUUGUGGUUGUGGUUAUGAAUAAUAAUAACUGGAGAAGACAAAAAGGUGAAAUUCAUCAUCAAGAGAUGCAAGGGACGAGAUCACACAGCAGAAAGCCACCACUCGCUACGUGGCAGCCUACCGUGCCUUCAUGGGAGAAGAAGUUUUGCACUUUGGUAGGCUCUGUUCCGUGGCGGAAGCUCCUAGAAACCAAGAGGUUUAUGUAUCUUUAUGACAAUGUAGUCCAGUGGAAUGACUCAGCUGGUGAAGAGGCAUUCAAUAACGCUAAAAACCGGUUUUGGGCUGAGAUUAAUGGCCUUCCUUGUGACAUAAGACUCCCAGACCCUGACAGUUAUAUCGAUGAAAUAGAUUGGGACUCCGAAAUUGAUCCUGAACUGCUUCUGGACUUGGAGAGAGAACCGAACACCCCUGAUGAGAAGGAUAAAAGUGAGAAUGUUGUGAUUCUUGGUAAUUCUCUUCUUUUGAAUCAGUCAUUUUCCUGUGGUGGAUGGGGGGAUGCCGAAGAGGGUGUAGUGAAGGAGAAUAACAUGUCUUCCAAUUGGAAAAACCAAGACUGUGAAAAUUCUUGGGAGCAGAAUUAUGCUUCAAAUAAUUGCAACAUGAAAGAUAUUGGAUAUAGAAACUGUUGGAAUAAUUCUUGGGAAUGGAACCGAAGGGAGAAUAACUAUAAUGAGUGGGACAAUAAUGAAUCUAACUACGUGGAUUAUCGGAGUGGAGAUUGGGAUGCAUGGGAUGGUACAAGAAGAAAGAGAGAAGGCCCUGGGCGGUACAUGUCAAGGUAUAAAACCUCAAGAUUUCAUAGUGAUAACCGUCAGAAUAAUCGGGGAUGGAGGAAUGUGAGAGGGAGGCAGAGGGCAAAUUUUGCAUAUGAACGACCACCUGUGGAUUCAACACAGUGGAACUCUGUGAAUUAUUGCGGGUGGGCCAAUUAAACAUUACGAAAUUGGCAAAGCAGGAGUCCCUAUGGAAUUGGGAGUGGCAAGUUUUGUAAGUAAAAGGUUAUAAGCAUAUGGUAUAUAAUGCUGUAGAUUGUAGGUCUCAAUAUUAUUUUAUUUGUUCUGUGUUGGUAUGAUAGUAUAUAAUAGGUACAACAGCUUUUGGCAAAGUCCCUGUUAUGUUCAAUUUCCGUUGCAUUUUUGUAGUUUGCUUCUUCGGAAGGCGUGUCUGAAUUUCUAAAUAUUAUUUUUAAUCCUGAGAGUGUGUGUUGUUAAGUGAUAUGUUUGUUAAUCUGUCCAAUA